AUGAACAUGUUCAACACAGACUCGGGAUUCAGACCCCCAUCGCCCCUCCCUUUUUCAGGCUCCAGCCACGGUCUCUUUGGCGAGCCUCUUUCUUUCGAUGACUUCAAGCUGUCGAACCAGGAUUUCUUGAACUUGCCUACGUCGCCUCCACCACUGGGAGCAGAUCCUUCGAUGCAGCUCUUCAACCCAUCCGAGCAACGCUACUUUUCCGAGUUCCUCGAUACAUUGGUUGUCGACCAGGACUUUACAUUCGACCCAAGCGCGAUACCCAACCUCCCCAACUUGCCCCUCUUCACACCCGAGACCAUGCCCGGGUCCUUUGUCGAUAACCCUUACAUGCUGAAUUCGGGGUCCUCAGCCUCGUCCCUAGCCAACCCUGGCUUGAUGAACAGCAUGGAUUUCGACAUGACCUCGCCUUCGUCGCAGUCAAGCUUUGGUCACUCUCUCCCUAAUCAUUUUGGUCAUGGGUUCCCGUCUUCGCCUCAACAGGGCGACUCGCCUGCCUCGCCUGGCUCACCCUCUGGCAACAACCCAUACACCAUCGCUGGAAUCGUCUCUGUGCCAACAAAGAGAAAAACCAACAAGUCUACAGACCGACGCAAGGGCACAUCCAUCAGCAGCGAUUCCUCCAAGAUCUCGACCCCUAUCCAACAACUGUCGAAGCUUUCAUUGAACAACAACAACAGUGGCAGCAACGGAAACAGCAACGGCGACAAUCAUGGACCUUCCAACCCCAAGAAGAACAAGCGGGACGAGGACGAGCAUCCCACUUCAUCUUCGCCAGUGUCGUCACCCCCCAACUCACGGGGUCAAAAGGAGGGCAGUCGAGAGCGCAAUACAUCGUACUCGGAUGGGUCUGUCUCGGAUGCAACCAAUUCCACCCCCAAUUCAACUACCCCUGCGACAACCAAGCGCAAGCCGUACAAGGAGUUGCUGACGGAAGAGGAGAAACGUGCGAACCACAUUGCGUCCGAGCAGAAGCGAAGGAAUACAAUUCGCAACGGAUUCAAGGACAUGACUGAUAUCAUACCCGACCUCAAGGACGUCAACAGCUCGAAAUCGACCAUCUUGUUCAAGGCUGUGGAUUUCAUCAAGCACCUUGAGAACCGGAACAGGAUGCUGCAGGAGAAGGCCAACCAGCUUGAGUCGAGACUGAUGAACCAGAGGGGCCACGGUCACUCCAAUGGCUCUGGCUUGGAUGACAAGAGGCUUCAGGAUAUCCCCCACAUCUACCCUGUCUCCUGUAGUCGGUAA